AUGGAGAUGUACAUACAAAUGGUAGGGUGUCACAAGCUUGCAGUGCCUCCAAGCCUGCGCCUAUUUGUGAACGGAGAAUUUACACUGUUUAACUGUGGAGAAAACAUGCAAAGAUUUUUGAACGAACAUAAGUUACAUGUCGUUAAAACUAGGAAUAUAUUUUUUACGAAAAUUAAUCCAGAAACCAUUGGAGGGUUAGUCGGUCUCCUCCUAACCAUAGACAACAUAGCAAAUAGUGACAUAUCGAUUUAUGGACCGAAGCCGAUAGAACAGAUAGUUAACAAUUUCAUGUCUUCCUUUGCGAAACUGAAAAAUAUAAAAUUACAAGUACACGAAUUUUGUCAGAGUCUUCCAUUCGUUUUAAAGGGGAACGUUGUUAUAACGCCAAUAGUGCUACAAGAAAAAGGAGAAAGUGACAUGCCCAACCAGUGCGUAGAAGAAGUGAAUCAUAUUGAAGGCAAAAUAGCUCCCGAAUCGGCUGACACGCAUCGUGAGGCAACGAACCACUCACCUGAAGGGGGCGCAGUAAAACAUGGCUCGUCUGGGGGAAGCCGUUUGGAUAAUUUUAAGAGGAGGAAGCUGCAGGGAGGGUGCACCCUGAAUGGGGACAAUCACAAAGGUGUCCACGAAAAUGGCGAAGCAGACAAGAAACACCCCUCAAAUGGAGAACAUUCCCCAAAAGACACCCAAAAUGGAGAAACUCACCGGAAACACCGCCCCAGUGAAGGAAAUUCUAAGGAAAACCAGCUCGAUAGAGAGCUUCUUUACGAAGAGGGGUCCCCCAACACUGCAGAAGACGAACGGAACGACGAAGGGAUCAAACCAGAGAAGGGCCAAGUUAACAAAAAGUUCAGCACCAUUUGCUAUGCAAUUGAGUGUCCUCAAACAAUUGGAAAAUUCCACGUCGAAAAGGCAAAGAGCUUAAAUAUUCCGCCAGGAAAAUACUACGGAAUACUAAAAUCUGGAAAGCCUAUUACGUUAAAUAAUAAAGUAAUCAAUCCUGAAGAUGUGUGCGAUAAAAACAUAGACGGAAGGAAGGCCCUAGUUAUUGAUUUAGAGGAUGUUGCUGAUGUAAAAUAUUUGUUGGAUGAACUUGCCACUAAGGGAAAUUUUUAUUUAAAAAAUUUGGAAUACAUUUUUCAUUUAUGUGGGGAAGAAAUUACUAAUAUGGACAAUUAUAAAAAAUUUUUUUUAAGUUUAAAAAAUGUGAAAAAUGUUAAAUGCAAUCAAUCCAGUAGUUCCUUGAAAGUAUGCCCAUUUGUUUCCACAGCAUCAUUGAACAACUUCCUUUCGAAAUUAUUGCCUACCAUUUUUUUGAAGUACAUAGCGGACACCCCCCUGUACGAUCUUUGCCACGCAUCACCAGAUGAUGAUGAUGGGAAGGAAGGUGGGAAAUUGGCCUCAACUGAGAAGGAGGGUGGACCCACAUGCCAAAUAGGGAAUUCCUCACAAAAGGAGAGCGCCUCAUAUGGUCCUACCGCGGGGGGUUUAAAAGAAAUGGAGAAAGAUGCGGAGAAAGAAGUGGAGAAAGAAAUGGAGAAAGAUGCGGAGAAAGAAGUGGAGAAAAAACUGGAGAAAGACGCGGCAAACCAAACAGAGUGCGAACAAGGCGAUUCCUACCUUGUGUACAACCCCCUGAGCAAAUUUGUUCUGCAUCCGUUUCACAAAGUUAGCAUAAGCACGGAUGAGAUGCUGCGCGAAUUAUAUCCAACAAUUUUUAAUUCCGCGAAAAUAUCGAACGUGUUAAGGAAUAAUGAAGAUUUACUGAAGCGAUUUGAGCAUUUUAACAAUAGAGCAACACAGAGUUACUUAAAAGUUCCUUCCUUUUAUUUUCUCGGUACCGGUUGUUCAAUGCCCUCAACGUUUCGAAACGUUUCUGGCAUCAUUUUAAACGUUGAAGAAGACUUCAGAAUUGUCUUAGAUUUUGGAGAGGGCUCCCUCUACCAGCUCUACUGGAUGAGCCAGUCGUGGCUCCACUUUUCCAAGACCAUUAAGUCGAUUAAAGUAGUAUUCAUUUCGCACGCACACGCAGAUCACCACAUGGGACUUUACUAUCUACUUCAUAUGCGCAGAAUCCUUUUUCCACACCUCGAUGACCCGCUUAUAUUGAUCCCGUCAACGCUAAAGAGUUGGAUGAAUUUAUUUAGUGAACUUUUUUUUGACAAACCAGUGAACGUCUUGUACAAUGAAGAAAAUUUGGAAGUAAAGGAAAAACUCGGCGAUGACGACAGUUUUGUAUUUCUCCGUCCUUUUAAGGUUAAGCAUGUUAAAGAGUCCUACGGAAUAAAAAUUGAACACGAAAAUAUCGGUUCCGUCGUUUACUCAGCGGACACAAGACCAUGCGAUAAUGUCAAAAUGUUCUCCAAAAACUGUGACAUUUUGAUACACGAAGCCACCUUUGAUGACGAAUUGCUAGACGAAGCCAUUCAUAAAAAGCACUCUACAACACAUGAGGCUAUGCAAAUUAGUCUAGAAGUCCAGUGUAAAACGUUAAUACUAACUCAUUUCAGCCAGAGGUACCCAAAGGCACCCAAAUUAAACAAGUCAUCUUCCUCCGAAAUUAACGAAAUUAUGAAUAAAACAAUUUACAGCUUCGACUACAUGUGCAUUCCCUUAAAUUUAAUAAACGAAUUACCUCAUUAUUUCAGCAUUCUAUUAAAUUUAUUGGAAAAAAUAUUUUAA